GGUGCCUCCCAUCAACAACACAGAAGUGUCAGAGACAACUUCUGCUUUCACUGUGCUGCACUGAUUGAGACAUUAAAAAAUGCCAUAGCUCAGUGUUUCUGAUGUGACAGCUUCACACAGUUAUCCGGACUCAUUCAGAGUUGCCGCAACAUAAACGUCCGCGGCGAUAUCCCGACCUCAGAGCGGCAGUUGGUGUUUUACAGAGAACAAGCACGUGGAGCCAGAUGAACCUAAAAAAUGAUUUAUUGUUGAGCAUGAACAGAACACCAGAAGAAAUGUUAAUAAAGAUGCCUUCACUGUCCUGUGGAAUGGAGAGUCUAAAGUGAUGGAGAGCAGAGAGGAAAGCCCUGCAGAUGAGCGGGCCCCCACACCUCCAGAGCGAGGACUGCUCCACAUCUGGCAGUCAGCAGGCCCCACUGCACAGCAAUGUCCAGAGAGAGUGCUGUUGUCCAGACCUGUCCUGCAGGCCGCCCUAGGAGAACACCAUGGACUUCUGCUGACACAGGGUGGACAGGUGUAUUCCUUCGGAGAGCUGUUGUGGAGGGAUCAGAGCAUUCCGGUGUCUGCUCCAGUGCUGGAGGUGUCUCUGCAGGGGAGGACGGUGGUGCGUGUUGCUGCGGGUGGUUUCCACUGUGGAGCACUGACUGAGCAGGGCAGUGUCUACAUGUGGGGGGAGAACACUGCAGGACAGUGUGGGCUGACUGAGAGGGGUACCGUCACAAACAUCACAGUUCCAGAGCCUUGCCCAGUCACUGUGGUGGACAGUGAGGUCAUUCCUCCAGCAGUUGUACGGGUUGUGGAUCUGGCUCUUGGACGGGAGCACAGCCUGGCUCUGUCGGCCCAGAAUGAGCUGUGGGCGUGGGGCAGCGGUUGCCAGCUUGGCCUGGUCACUAGCACUUUUCCUGUGUGGAGACCACAGAAGGUGGAGCACUUGGCGGGAAGACAUGUAAUUCAGGUGGCUUGUGGUGCCUACCACAGCCUUGCCGUAGUUCGCACGCUGCCUCCACAGAAUACCCAGAAUCCUUCUGAGAAGAGGGAGCGUGGUCAGUCACCUCACUAUUCGGUGACAGAGAGGGAGGAGCCGUCUACGGUUGAUGGUGGCCAGUACUGUCCGCUGGGGGUGGAACUGACUGAAGUCAUGACUAGCGAGCAAACCUCUCCCAGAAGAAGAGGCCACAGACGAAGGUUUCACCCUGGGGGAAGGUCAGCUGGUGGCAGUCCUGGCUCUGUAGCCGCUUCAUGCCCAUUUUCUGAGGAUGGCAAAUCUAACACUAAACAGAUGAAUCCUCCAACUGGGCACACUCACCCUCUCACUGAGACAGAUGGCAGCCCCAAGUCUUACCCAUUGUCAGGCUGGAGAGCCAAUAAGAACCCUGCUUUCCCUGAUGAAACGCAGCUUCAGAGCCUCCUACGUAAACUCUCUAGUCACUCACUGGAGAUGCGCCACACCACCGGGCCAGGAGAUACCGACUCACUGAGCAGUUACACAUCAGAUGACAGCUGUGUUUCCUCAACUCCUUCCAUGGAUCUGUUGACUUCCAGUUACAAAGAAGAAUCGCCAAUUAAGAGUCAAACCAACAAUGGAGGGACUGUGGCGUACUCCUCCUCCCCUGUGUGCUUGGAUGAAGUUCGGCUUUGUGUGGAGGCGGAGAAGCAGACACUGCAGGGGCAGAAGAGCUCCAGUCUCACAAAUAUAAACCAGAAGGGGAAAGCAGCCACAAGCAGGAGACGCUCCCUGCCUGGAACACCCAGCCGUGGGUCUCCACGGCGACGGCGGCCUUGUGCCUGCAGGCCACCCUCUGCUGGUCGGACCCAGGUUGCAGCACCGGAGGAGGCUGGAGACGGGCUGCCAUCUCUGGAGACAGAAGUGUGGAGCUGGGGCCGCGGGUCUGAGGGGCAACUGGGUCAUGGAGAUCAGCUCGCCAGACUCCAGCCUCUGUGUAUCAAGUCUUUGACAGGCGAGGAGGUGAUCAAAGUUGCCGCAGGAUCACACCAUUCACUGGCUCUCACCGCUCACUGCCAGGUGUUCUCAUGGGGCAGCAACAUGUGUGGACAGCUCGGUCAUGUCAACAGUCCUGUCACUGUACCUCAACAGGCAAAGCUCUCUGAUGGUCUUCGGGUUUGGGACGUGUCCGCCGGUCAGAGCCACUCCCUUCUCCUAGCUGAUGGAGAAUGUGUCCAGCCAGUCCUGUUGUACUGCGGCCAGCAGCAAGAGCCAACAUCAGCGCAGACUGAGAGGUCAAAACAGAGUCAAAGGUCAAGCCAGAGGUCACCCAGCAGAGCAGAGAGUUAUACAGUCAGACCCACCCUGCUGCCCUCAUGUAUAGAGAUGGGUUACAUCAGUACUGUGUGCAGCGGUGGUCAGACCUGUGUGGUGUUGGCAGACCAGAAUAUGAUGGGUUUUAUCUCGGCUAUCCAUGAGCUGGCCUCCAGAGAGAGACAGUUCUACUGCUGGUUGAGCAGCGUCAAGAAGCUUCUCCUCACACCGCUACGCAACAGAGAGAGUGUGUGCCCGUCAUUAGGUGAGCCAUGCACUCACCUCUUCUUCUCACUCUGUGAGAGUUUUGUUCGUCUGAGCAUCCUGAUCGGUCGACACUCCACGUCACUUAGCUACCUCCUGCAUGAUGUGCAGGCCUGUGAUGUCACUUCCCUUUCCCUGCUGACGCACACUGAGCACUUUCUGGACAUUUAUAAAGAGUAUUGUUCUUCAGUAGGUAACUUCCAGGUGAUGGGUGGAUUCCAAUCACUCCAUAAACUCUCACUCGAGUGUUUAGGCUCUAAGCAGACCACGCUGGCUCAGCUGUGUGUGUCAGACCAGUCUGCCAGUGGUGAUGUUGACCUGGUGUCCUUGUUGUACUGGCCUCUGCAGCAGCUCCACCAGUACAGUCGAGUCCUGCUCAAACUGGCAGCCUGUUACGACGUGUUAACUACAGAAUAUCAGUGCCUGCAACAGGGUUGUAGUCAGUAUGACUCCCUGUCCAUGUCGCUGCUGAGGAAGAAGAAGGAGGCUGAGACGACCUUCCUCUUCUGGAAGACCCACUCUGGAAAAACUACUGAGGUCCUGCGUCUCCCGCAGCGUCGUGUGGUGUGUGAAAGCAGCAACAGAACUCUGACUCUGCAAAACGCCGGGCGGUUCUCCAACCACUGGUUCAUACUGUUCAAUGACACACUGGUGCACACGCAGGGUGCCAUUCCCUCUCAAAACCUUUUCUCCACUCAUCACGUCUACCCUCUGAGCUGUCUGUGGGUGAAACCAGUCACUGAUGACAGCAGUGGACUCUAUGCCAUCAAAAUCACAUGUCCAGAGGAGAGUUUCACUGUAGUGGCCUCGACACCACAAGAGAAGAACAAGUGGCUACGGUCUCUUAACCAGGCGGUGGAUCAGGUGCUGGGUGGUGCAAGUCAGGGGUCGUCGCCGGGGGUGACAGCAAUGUCUCGCACAGCCUCCUACUCGUUCACUGGAGAGGGUCGGUUUAAAGACGCCAAGUACACCGGGGGCUGGCUAGCAGGACGAGUUCAUGGCAGAGGCACCAUGAAGUGGCCGGAUGGACGGACCUACAGCGGAAACUUCAAGAAUGGACAGGAGGAUGGCUAUGGAGAGUGUAUAAUGCCUAACAAAGCUCUGGACAAGGCAGACAGCUAUCAAGGACACUGGAGAGAUGGCAAGGUCCAUGGUUUCGGCAAGUACAAGUAUGCCAAUGGCGAGGUGUACGAGGGCUGUUUCUGUGAUGGGCAGCGGCACGGUUAUGGCAUGCUCAGCUCUGGUAAGCUGGCUAAGAAGUCCUCCAGUGUUUUCAUUGGCCACUGGGUCCAUGGCAGGAAGACAGGAUAUGGAGUCUGCGAUGACAUCACCAGAGGUGAGAAGUACAUGGGACUGUGGUUGGACGAGCAGCGGCAUGGCAAUGCUGUGGUUGUUACCCAGUGCGGUGUGUACUUUGAAGGCUCCUUCAGAGACAACAAGAUGUGUGGUCCAGGUCUGUUGGUGUCAGAUGAUGACACAGCUUUACAUGGGGAGUUUUCUGAUGACUGGACUGUCAACGGGAAGGGUGUUUUGUCCCUGGCUAACGGUGACUGUCUGGAGGGCUUGUUCAGUGGAGAGUGGACUGCAGGGCUGAAGGUGGUUGGAACGUACAUCAAACCAGCUGUAGAUGAGCCAGAGAACAAAGAGAGAAACAGCCUGCUCAGGAUGGGUCAGUACGUGGUGCCAGCAGGUCAGAGGUGGCUCUGUGUGUUUGAUGAAUGCUGGAGUCGACUGGGCUGUGAUGCUGCUGGGAGAGGAGAGAGGACUGCAGCCUGGGACAACAUCGCUGUCACUAUAGCAACUGCACGACGGCACAGCCCAGAUCUUAGCAGGUCUCAGAGUAAAGUAUUGGAGGGUUUGGAGUUAAUUCCUCAGCAUGGAGAACCAGUGACCACUGCAAACUAUGACAACAUACGAAGAUACCUCAUCAAGGCAUGUGAGACCCCUCACCACCCUCUGGGCUGGCUGGUGGAGACUUUGGUGACAGUCUACAGGAUGACUUACGUUGGUGUGGGAUCCAACCGCAGGCUGCUCAGGCAGGCUGUCCAGGAAGUUCUGGCCUACCUCACACAUUUCUACAGCAUCGUCAGGUUUCUGUUCCCAGGGUUACCAGAAGAUGGCGGCAUCAUCCCAGACCCUCCUGCCUCUCCAUCAAAAAGCAGACGCAACUCUGACAAAGCAGAGCAAUGUGGCGUUCUGGUGGUGAGCUGCUCCUCUCUGCUCCUCCCUCAGCUGCUCCCUAGACUCUACCCUCCUCUCUUUACGCUGUACUGCCUGCAGGAGGAGCAGGAGGAGGCCCAGUACUGGGAGCGCAUCCUCCGACUCAACAAACACCCCGACCAGUCACUGCUUAGCUUUCUGGGAGUGCAGGAGAAGUUCUGGCCGCUGUGGAUGUCAAUUCUGGGGGAGAAAAAGCAGAUUGUAUCCAGCAGUAAAGACGCCUGCUUUGUUUCUGCUGUAGAGACACUCCAACAAAUCAGCACCACCUUCACUCCAUCAGACAAACUCCUCGUCAUCCAGAAAACGUUUGAGGAAUUGACCCAGGAAGUCAAACCUAUGCUGGAUGGCAACUUCCUGUGGUGCAUGGAUGACCUGCUCCCUCUUUUUCUCUAUGUGGUGCUCAGGGCAAGGAUCAGAAACCUGGGAGCUGAGGUCAGUCUGAUAGAAGAUUUAAUGGAUCCCAACAUUCAGCACGGAGAGAUGGGACUGAUGUUUACCACACUGAAGGCCUGCUACAUCCAGAUCCAGCAGGAGUCAUCCAUGUAGGAGCGGACAUCAAGACGCCAUACAGUCAACAAACAGCAAUGAAAGCACUGCCAGGACAGACACAGUGCUUCACACACACGAGCUGCCAGAACAAAACCAGUCAAACCACCAGCGUCCACUGGGAAGCUGCACUGACACAUGGAGGGAGGGGAGAGCGUUACUCCUUCACCUGCUGUCAAAUGAUGUCUGACACCUGUUUACUGUUGAUCCUUUGAGUUUGUCACAGCACGCCAGAGUUCUGUCUUUUCUAUGGAGGGCAGUUUACACAGGAAAGUAUCACACCGCCCUCUUCUGGACAUGUUAGAGAACUGCAUUAUCAUCUUCGUAACAUCUGGUAAGAAGUAGAUUUUCAGUUGUACAGUAAUACAUCAAUAAUUCAGUAGUAUUCAUCAGAAGUAUUUAUUGAAAGUCACAGUGGUAGAGGUGUCACAACAGCAGUGCAGUUUUUAUUACUUUACAGUGUUUUUUGAUUUACAGUUUUCCCCUUAAAGGGUUAUUCAUUAGUAUAUACAGUAAUGUCGCUGUGAGGUAUCAAACUGCUCAUUACUCAAGGCAAAGGGAACUGAUGAACCACAUGAAGUCUGAUGAUGAUCAGAUUUUAAAAUGAACAGUGAUCUCAAUACUGUUUUAAUGACCUCAAAGAAAACCUUACAGGUGUGAUAUCUGUCUUUACACAUGUUUAAUUCACCAGUAAAGCUUCACCCACAGUGGAUAUAGAGUUGAAAAUAUCAAAACUUAAUGAAGACUACGGUGCAGGUACCUGCUGAUGUGCUUAUGAUCUGGUGUUGGCUUUGUAAAACUGCACUCGUAGAAUUGACAGAGUAUUGUGAGUGCCGUUUUUUAUUACUUUUGACUGGUCCCAGGGCAACAGCAAGAGACACAGGUGGAGUUAAUACAGCAGGGUCACACUGCCUCGGUUCACCAGUACGCAGCUGAAGAGCAGCCUGGAUGAAAGGUUUUGCUUUUCUAACAAGAUACAACUUAAAAUACACAAAGUUGUUGAGUUUUACUGUCUGUGUGAAAACAGAGCAAACAGCUGAAGCCACUUAGCCGUGGUUUGAUAUUUCCUCCUCAGAAGCCAAACCAAAAUCACCAGGUCAGAAAGCUCAGUUUUUCAUGUAACCAUGUUCUCCUGCGAACAUAAAUUAGAUGCAAAUCGCUUUACUUUGUUUGCAUAUGGAUCAGAUAUGCACCAUUUCAGUAGCAUCCCUAAAACUAAUUUAGACCCUUUUAUAUCUUUUGAAUGCAAAAGAGUCAGUUCAAAACAUCACACUAAACAGACUGUGUGAGACUGUUAAUACAUUAUUUUUAUUUAUUGUUUUAACACUUGUACUCUCCCGUAGUACAAAAGCAACCUGUGCAUGCUCCUGCACACUGAAACUAACCGUGGAGCAGUUUGUCUCAGGUCUCAUAACUGUUAGACAGGAAGCUGAGCAGUAGGACAGAAACAUGUCACUACCGAGGGAAAAUAUUUUUUACUUAAGAUAAUUAAUGAGGGAACGCUGAUUAGCUAUGCAUCGAGAAUAUAUUCACGCCUGUAUGGAUACUGUAUUCAGUCUGUUGUUCUGUGGAGUGUGUAUGUGUGAGUGUGUGUGAGAGUGAGCAUGUAUGAACAAGUCUGAGGAGGAAUGCUUUUAAUGGUGCACUGACAGUUUUUAAAUUUAGAUCAACAAACAGCCAGAAGAGUGUUUGAAGAUAGAUUAAAAUGACAGCUGUUGAGUUCAAGAUACCUUAAAGAAGAAAUAUUCCAGGAUUUAUUCUGACAUCCAUCAGUCAUGUUAGUCUCUGAGCAAGGUUUGUUUAAAACUUGUCACAGAUUGGAGUUAUAUUUGGUGGAAGGUUGACCCUGAAAAAGUGAUGACUACUUUGUGUCCAUCUGAUAUAUUUUUAAAGAUUAAUUCACAUUGCAAGAUAAGACAUUUUAAACAUUGUCACUAUUUUCUUAUGAACUACUGCACUUACUUAAAGGGACAGUUCACCCCAAAAUCAAAUGUAAAUGUUUUUCCCCUUACCUCCGUACAGUUGGCGAGUGUAGUUUGGUAGAAAGAAAAUAGUUCCUACAUGAAACUGCUCACAGCAAAGGCUGUGGAUUAUCUUGAGUAAGCAGGUCUUGAUUUCUGGAAAGAGACAUUGCUGUUGGGUUUUAAAUGUAUUUUUUGGCACUUUGAGCACCACAAGCUGAAUGCCAUCUAGUUCCAUUAUAUUGGAGAGAAGGCAGACAUCUCUACGGCUGAUAUCUCGAACACUCAGCAGCUCACUCCAAAACAAUAUGGAUUGAUAAAUAGAACUACAGAUAAGAGGGAAAUAUAUAUAUAUUUUGUUUGGGGGUGAACUGUCCCUUUAAAUGAAAAAAUACGACAUAAGUAUUCCAUGUCAGCCUAUCACUGUCUGUUUUAAUGUUACAAAAAAACAUCAAGGUACUUAAAUGUUUUUUCUAUCAGUCUGUUUUGAUCCUUUGAAUCCAUCUGUAUGUUAUAAAUGACUGUAUUUUCAGAUCCAGGUCAUUUCCUUAAUCUGCAAAAGAAAAAGUUGAUGGUCACUAUCUGGCAUGACGUCUGUUUUAGCUCCCAGAAUUUCCACAACCCCAGCAGCCACCAUGUGUGUUUGAGCACAGGGAGGGAGCUUCAGAUCACUUCUAACAGAAUAUAACUUAAUUAAUUUAUUAAUAGAAGCAAUAUAGAUUAUUUAUUAGAGAUAUAUAUUCCAAGUAUAAAUCCUACGCCAGAAAAUUUCCUACAGCCUCACUCAUGGGGUCAAACUUUAAGAUUCCAUCUAAAAUUCAUAGGAACAAAUAUGAGGUGUUUAAGGCGACCUGUUGUCAUGUUACUGACUGUAAAUGAUGUUAGCUUGUUGUUAUGUUUUCAGGAAUGAAACAAAACUGCAGGAAGCUCAGACUGAGCUGUAGAGUUCAACAGCACCAACAAAAAAAAAAACUUGCCAAAAUGACAGCAAAGCAGCUGAUUAUUCUCUCUCUUUCAGCGUUACUGAAAUGUGUUUGUACUGUAUUUAUUGUUACUCAAGCUGUUGCAGAAUGUAGACAUGUAUAUGUUGGGAUAGGUUUAUGUCUUUAUGCUAUUAAACCACUGCAGUGUGUGUAGUGUGUAGAUGUAACAAUGAGGGAUGUUUGGGACAGUUGACCUCUCUGCCUCCGUUAAUACCAGGUUAGAGGACAGUACAGAUGUUUUACAUGUCUCAGCUCAGUAUCAACAAAACCACCUGCAGUAUCACAUAUAGGAUUCCAUUAUGGUGUUAUUGUGCUGAAAAAACUAAACUAAUGACUCAGAAAAUGUAGUCAUGAUUUAUAAGUGAUUAAAGAGAACAUUUCUUCUUCAUGGGUUCAGACAUGUAAAAAACAUGUUGUGGUCUUCUGUAAAAAAAAAAACC